UGUUACCGUCAUGUAGGUGCAACCUACAAGUUCUACUUGGCGUUCGAGAACUCCGACUGUAGAGAUUACGUCACUGAGAAGGUUUGGAGAAACUCCUUCAUGAUGAACAUAAUACCGAUAGUGCGUGGAUUCUAUAACAAUUUCAAGACAAUCCUACCACCAGGCUCCUACAUUCACACUAACGAUUUCCCAAAUCCUGAAUCACUUGCGAAAUAUUUGAAAUACUUGGACAAAAACAAUACUGCAUAUAAUGAAUAUUUCUCAUGGAAGAAAACAUACAUACAAGACACGACAAGAAAUAAAUUGUGUGAUCUAUGCAGAACAUUACACGAAACUAGAGGCGAUGUUAAAACAUAUAAAAAUAUUUGGGGCGAUUUUUAUUCAUUUAAAAAUAAUUGUUACAAUUAUGAUAAU